AUCGUUUGUUGAAUUAUCUAAACGUGUGGGGGAUAGUAGACUAUAUUUGUUCUCUUAGUGUAAAAAUUUGAAUGAUCAUCGAUUUUUGGUUCUGUGGUAGUAAUAAAUAAGUUAAUUAACCUGGCCGUGAUUGUCGGCAUUUUAUUUGUAACCGUGCGCACUGCGCAGGCCUAAACUUUAGGCAAACACCUGAAAUUAACUGUGUAAAACGUAAAAAACAAGGAAGAAACAAAAAGAGAGGGGCGUUCCGAGAAUCGAACUCGGGACCUCUCGCACCCAAAGCGAGAAUCAUACCACUAGACCAAACGCCCUCGUUGUUAGUUUUUUCGAAUAUAUAGUAUGUAACCAAUCCACUCGUGACUCCUUAAAAUCGCUGCUUCAUUGCUAGAAGCCGCCUUCUCCGAUCAUUCGAAGAACAAUGUCCGACGAAUCAAAACCCGCGUCCGGCGACUCAUCCGGUUUGCUCAACGGCCUCCUAACCGGUGGAGCCCAAAAACCACAGAGAGUCAACGAAGCAGCUCGAUCUCUUCAUCCCAAUGCUGUGAAAGAUCUGCUAUCUCUCGGGGUCUGCGAGAGAUGUAUUCUCCGAUUAAUAACCGUCACGACUUUCGAUUCCGAUUUGGCGACAGUCUCGUCAUCAACUCUUCGGGGCUGGCUAGGCUCCGGAUUCGAGGAAGCUGCGUCACCGGAGCCGAGCAUCUGCAUUGUUUGUUUAGGUGUAUUGCAGUUCGUUUUCUAUGAUGCUAAACAAACGCUGGUGAAAAUGAAAUCGGAUUGUGGUAGUGAUCACGCCGCAUGGAUAACGGACUUGGUGAAGCAGCAAGGUCAUGAGUUCGAUUCCUUUGGCCUUGAAGUCUCUCUGCCUUCAACUAUCUCGGAGAAUGAGCGUGCAGUCUUGUUAUACCUUAAAGGAAAGUAUAGCAACGAAGCUUGGCUGCAGAGUGAAAAAGUUUCUGUGAAGGAUGCUUUGAAAGUUCUAGUCUUGGAUCCACUUAGAGCAUCUUUGGGGGCUAAAUCAGAUUCAAGCUCUUUUCACAUCCGUUUGACAUACUCCAAGGCAUCUGAUGACGCUCAAGGCGUGUCUGAAACAACGCAUGAGAGAAAGAAGAGGAAAACAGACGAAGAGAACGGAUCUAGCUGUAUCUCGGAGAAUCCAUUUGAAAAGGUUUAUGAACCAUGCAUCUUGUCAGUUCAUUGCAACCAGAUGCCUAUCUUUUUCAGUGGCAGAUACUUUAAGUACUCCAGAAAUGUAAGUCAAUCCCGAUGGAUUAUUGAUGAUGAAAGAAUGGGUGAAGCGUCGGUUGAGGAGAUAAUUGGUGGAAGUAUUCUUCCAGCAUGCCUCGGGGAUUCCUACAAGUUCCAUGCUGCUGGCAGAGAAGAUAUUGAUGUACGGAUGUUGGGUUCAGGUAGACCUUUCUUAAUCGAGGUUCAGAACUCCCGCAAAUGUCCAUCUCAGCAAUCGUUGACGGAAAUUGAAGAAAAAAUAAACAACUCAGAGAAAAAACUAGUUGGAGUUAAAGAUCUUAAAUUCAUCGGAAGUGAGUGUUGGGCAAUGAUGCGUGAAGGAGAAGCAGAGAAACAGAAGCAAUAUGCUGCACUUGUAUGGAUUUCUCGUCCACUUGAAGAGAAAGAUUGCAACUCAAUUUCUUCCAUGAUAGAAUUGAAAAUCUUGCAGAAUACACCAAUAAGAGUGCUUCACCGACGAAGUCCACUGGAACGUGAAAGGACUAUACACUGGAUGAAAGUCGAAAAGAUAAAAGGAAACGCUCACUACUUUCUAUUGCAUCUAUGCACUCAGGCUGGAACAUACAUCAAAGAGUUUGUUCAUGGAGAUCUUGGUCGUACUACUCCCAGCAUGGGAUCAAUUUUAGGUUGCAGGGCGGAGAUAAUACAACUAGAUGUGACUGAUGUGAAAAUGGGCGAUUCUUGAAGGCCCGAGUAACAAUCCACAAGCUCUUUUUUUUUUUUUGUAGUUUUGAUUCCUAUAAAAUUAUAUAUUUUUCCCAUAAUUUAAUAGUUUUUAUUGGAUUUUUAUCUUUAGAAUAAAGAGUCACUUAGUAAUAACAUUAUAACGUGGUUUCAGUA